AGCUUUCUCGCUGUUUUCUUGUCCAUGUGGAAUUUUUGGAUAUUCAAAAAUAUUUCCGACCUCGUGGGCAAGAAUUUUAAACAAAAAAAGUCAUUUCUUUCAAUAUAAAGCAAUGAGCAAAAUUGCGAUUAACAAUGAGAUUGUUCUGAUGAGACACGCGGUAAGGAAAUCACGUGUCAGUUUAGUCAGAAAAUUGAUAAAAGAAGUGAAGCUUCUGCGAGCAAGAAAGCAUGGCGAUGAAAAAGUUGUGGAGAAGUGCCAAAGAAAAGCAGAAAGGUUGGCGGCAGAGAUCGAAGCACUAAAAAAAAUUAAGGAUGAUGAUAUUUCGAAAUUUGGUAUAACGCUAACAAAAAAUUUGCCAGAAAUAUUAAGUGACAAGACUGCGGAACCUCAUACUCGAGUCAUGGCAAGACUGACUUUUCAUAAAUUUCUUAAUGAGAGAAUUCAAAAAUUCAAAGAUAAAUACCCUGCUUAUGAAGAACACUUGGGACCAGGACGAAAAAAAUUGUCAAAGAUCCAAAGAAAGGCCCACCGAGAAGCAAUCAACCGAAUAAAAGCAGGCGGGGAAACAAAACAAGAAAAUCAUCGUGAGGAUAAGGGGUUGGAAAAAGAAAUCAAACAUGUCAAUCAUGAAAGAGAAGAUGACGAACGAGAAGAAGACGAAGAAAUUACUCAUUCUGAAGAAGAAGAUGAGGCUGUUCACCAUAAAAUCCUCAAAAAUAUCCGAGAAGAGGAAAUAAGUAAUGAAUCGAUGGAUAACGAAUCUUCAGGGCUUGAUAGCGAAGCAGGCAGUAUUCUGCGAAUAAGUAAUCUGAAAAGACGAAAAAACAAUGAUUCUGAGUCGGAAGAAAUCAACUCGUCGGAAACGGACAUCUCCGAUGAGUCAAUUUCUUCCACUUCUGCUUCUGCAAAGUCUCGAAAAUUGAAGAAAUCGAAAACAAUUCUAAGCGAUCCCGUGAAAGCAGAAAAAAAGAAUGAAAAUUCAAAAAAAUUGAAACGAAAAGAAUCAAUCGCAGCUACAAAAAGUUCAGCAGAGCUGGAAAUUCCAGGAAUAAUUAAGAAAAAUCCGGAAGCUUCGAAAAAUUCGAAAACGGAAACAAAAAAUGUGGAUAAAUCGAAAAAAUCAGUUCCCAUAAAAGUAAUAAGCGAAGAAGCAUCGGUAAAACGGUUUACCGACUUAAUAAAGGAAAAAGAAUGCUUAGAAAUCGUGAAGCCAAUGAAAACGGUAAAUUUACGAAAAGAUGUAAAAUUAGAGAAAGAAAUCGAUUCAUUUUUCAUGACUGCAAACGGAGAAAGCGAGUACAUGAGCGUCGUUGUGCCAAAAUUGAAACCCUGCGAGGACGACGAACAGGACGAUCGAUUUGCGCCGAAUCACGUCGCGAAAAGGCAGAAAAACUUUCACGAGAAGAACAACAAGUUCUUCAGUAAAAUUGAUCAACGCAGUAAUGACAAUUCUUCCAACAGGUUUCCGCCGAAUGCUGAUAAACGCAGGCAAAAUAAUUUCUCAAAUUCAAAUAAUUCUUCUGAUAAAUAUCCUCAACGUGGAAAUGAUUACGUGAGAAAUUCUCGCAACGCAAAAUCGAACCAUGAAAAAAAUAACGUUGUUAAAGACGAAGAACUUCAUCCAUCGUGGCAGGCUAGAAAAAAACAGCAAGAAAUAUUGAAACAAGGCUUUCAAGGAAAAAAAAUCGUUUUCAACGAUUGAACGAUUAUUCUUAUUGUACAUAUCUUUUUCAUUAAUUUAGCACAAUUUUUAAUAAAUCAUUUUCGUUUAUCUUUCCGAACAAUAA